CCUGCUGCUCUCCAGAGCCCACAUCACCUCAGCAGCUCCGUGGUCUGCUCUGCACACCCAGCGCCCCACAAACAGCUACAGCAGAAUGUUUAAAAAACUCACCAAAUUCAUCGUAAAUCAAACGAAUCCACGCGAAGAAUUCGUCCCUGUCGAGAGCAUUUCAGGCAAUGAGCACUUCAGGCCUCUCUAUCUACUGAUAAGAAAGAGAAAAUCAAAAACCAUAUUCCACCCAGCUCCUUACUACCAGCGGACAGGGUUCAAACUGCAUGAUGUGCUGCUGCCUGCAGAAGAUGGUGAAAGCACAGAGCCCCUCCUUCAAGAUUCCAGCCAAUUUACUCUCACAAAAAUCAGCAAAGACCAAGCUGAUGGAGGUCUCAGUAUUUCAUGUGACCCUGCAAGUGGAGACCUGCAAGGAGGUGCCUCCUUCUCCAAGGAGAUUGAUAUCAAGACACAUAAUAAGAGUGUACCACAGGAAUCACUGCAGAAACUGACAAAAGAAAGAAAAAUCAACAUGGAUCAUUCAUUCAUCCGCCAACUCCAGAGAACAAACAUCAAGCUAUACCUGGUCACUGAAAACCUUGUAGCCUCAGAGGAGACUGUCUACAAGGAAUCCACCAAGGCAGACGGGGGCUUCAAGGCCAAAUUUUAUGCCACACUCUUUGCAAAGGGCACCAGUGAGGACAAACAAACCAUAGUCAUACCCAAGGGCUGCACUCUGGCCUUCAGAACCAUCCCUCUACACAUUAGAGAUGGAGCAUGGCAUCUGGACUAUUUCCUACUAUACUCUGAGGAAAUUGUAAUAUAUGGAACUUGUGAUGAAUCAAUGGGAAAAUUAGAAGAAGUGGUUGGAGAAGUGGAAUACCGCUGUCAAAUUUUCUCCAGCUUGUCUCCUGACCGCCUGCUCAUUGUCUUCAACACCAUCAAAGCUGCCAUGAGAGACAAGAACCUCCUUCAAGAGCUCAACCAGAAAAUGGAAGAUAUUCCUGAGCAAAAGGAUGGGUAUGAGCUGAAAACUGAGAGCCCAGACUUAAAAGACCUGUUCUGCAUCUUACAGCAUUCUGCAAGAGAUUGCCUCAUUAAGCUGGCUGAAGGAAUCAUCUACAUCCUUGAUGCUUUGCAUGAGCUAAUGGAUGAUCAGCUGCUGCUGCUGCUGGAAUCCUUGGAAAGGAAGAUUCUGUCCCAACAGCUGAAACUGGUUGAAAACCUCCUGGAACAUGACCUGGAGGAUAAGAUGUGUAAUUUCCAUGUGGAUGCCAGCCUGCUCUCCUUCCCACACAAGGAGGAACAGAUGUUAACCAUGGAACUGGUAGAGCUGAGUGGAGUGCAGCUCCAGGAAGAUGGAUCAGCUGUUUCUUUGGAUCAACCCUUCGAGGCCGUGGCAGCCCUGUUUGUGGCCCUGUACGCCCUCAAACUCCUGAGCGGCUCCAACUAGGACACACCAGGCCCUGCCCAGGGAAACCCUCUGUAAAAGCACCAGAAAAUCUCUGAUGACCAAGCACGUUUCUCUCCCAAUAUCAUACUUGCUAAUGCUGCUUUGGCUGGGAAAAGCAAAUUGAGGGCUGGAUAAUUAAUUCUUGAUGCUAUGAUAGGAUGGAUAUCAAUGUGGAUUUGUCUGUCUGUCUCCCCAAGAAUACUGAGGUGUAACAGGGGAAUCCACAAGCUCAAAGAAUCUCAGGCCUGCCACCAGUGCGUGGUGUAAUCCUGCUUCCCUCAAAAUGCUGCUUCUGCAAUUAUUAAAUGGGAAAGGGAAUGAUAAAGGGAAUGGGAAGAGAGGGAAAUGCAAAGGAAAAGGAGAAAUACAAAGGAAAAGGGGAAAUGCACAGGAAAACAUGAGCCGUGCUUCACUUACCCUGGUCUUUCUGAGCUUCAGCAGGGACUCCAUGAACUGCUGGUGCCACAAAGGUGGGGAAAUCCCAGAGGUUUCACUGACACCUCCCUGGUCCCAUCUCUCUGAGUUGCUUGACAGACACCAGCAGCACUUCAGAGCAACACUACAAAUACCCCCAUUAUCACUUUUUAAAUAAAUAGCACGUUCUUGCUAAGCAUUUGGGUGUUUUAAAGGGCAAUUUCUUAUUUUCAUGUCUUUUCGGUCCCAUGGCAAAUCCAAGAGAAUCAGGAUUGAAACUGCACAAGAAAUAAGGGCCCUUGAUGUGGUCACAGCAGCCUUGUCUAGAGAAUACUCUAAAAUUUACAAUGAAAGUUUUGAUUACUCCUUUGUAAAGU